GUGAGGGGUGACAAGUUGAGAGGUCGUGUUAGCAAAACGGUGAGGCGGUGGCUACUCUCGUACUGCACUGUUAGUUUUGUAGAGGAAAAAAAGGGGCAAUCAGGUGAGAGACUCGCCUAAUAUCUAAGCGAGAAAAAAACAAAUCAGUUUCCGGAGCAAUUCUUUUCUUCUUUUUUUUUCCCGCGUUAUCUUUGCGGGCUUUAGUGGAGAAUUUCCGCGCGUAAUCUUUGCUGUCACGUAAGCUAACCGUUAGCAACCUGCUAGCAUGUCGCAACCCAGUGUGUGGACUCAGUGGAGCUAACACAACUAGCUCGCCUAAAAAACAAGCUUUUAUUCUGGAGAGGAAAACAAACAAAACUGAAAGAUGGCUGUGUCGGUGCGGGGCCUGUACUUUGUGGUGACCCUGUUCUUGGGCAGCUUCUUUGGAAGUGUCUUCAUGCUGGGUCCAGUUCUGCCCCUCAUGCUGCUGUCUCCUGCUUGGUACCGCUGGAUCACCGACCGCAUCGUGGCUACCUGGCUCACCCUGCCUGUGUCCUUGCUGGAGCUGGUGUUUGGGGUGAAGGUGGUGAUAACAGGCGAUGGCUUCAUUCCCGGGGAGCGAAGCGUGAUCAUCAUGAACCAUCGUACCCGUCUGGACUGGAUGUUUCUGUGGUGCUGUCUGCUCAGGUACAGCUACCUGCGUCUGGAGAAGAUCUGCCUCAAGGCCAUCCUGAAGGCUGUGCCUGGUUUUGGCUGGGCGAUGCAGGUGGCCGCCUUCAUCUUCAUUCAGCGUCGCUGGGAGCAGGACAAGAAGCACAUGGAGAACAUGCUGGACUACUUCUGUGACAUCAGAGAGCCCCUGCAGCUGCUCCUGUUCCCAGAGGGCACAGACCUCACAGACAAUACAAGAACAAAGAGUGAUGCGUUCGCGGCUAAGAACAACCUGCCGAAAUUCGAGUACGUGCUGCAUCCUCGCACCACCGGAUUCACCUUCAUCGUGGACAGACUACGAAAAGGAGACAACCUGGAUGCUGUCCAUGACAUCACAGUGGCAUACCCCAAGAACAUCCCUCAGACCGAGCGCCACCUCAUCCUGGGCCUUUUCCCCCGUGAGAUCCACUUCCACGUCCGCCGCUACCCCGUGGACUCGCUGCCCGCCGCCUCCUCCGACCUGGAGUCUUGGUGUCGCGAUCGCUGGGUCGAGAAGGAGAGCCGUCUGCGGGACUUCUACUCAGGCCAGCCCCGGGCCUUCGACAGGGAGGGUGUUGCACGUGUCCCGCCUUGUAAGACGGAGCUUCGCGUGGCUCUGAUCAAAACCGCUUCGCUGCUGUACUGGACCAGCUUCAUCGCUUUCUGCUUCACCGGCCUGUGGCUGUGGGCUCAGUUCAGGCUCUUCUUCAUUGUCAUGGUCGGAGUGUAUAUGGCCCAACAGAAGCUGGUUGGAGGGGUGGAGCUGCUGGAGCUGUCCUGCCAUCGAUACUGGAAGUCCGUGGCUGCUGAUGUGGGGGAGAAGAGUAAGGUGCUGGAAGAGAAGAUGCAGUGAGGAUGAAAGGAUGGAAUAAAUGUCAUGUUUUCAUCCACGCUCAGCAAGGACACUGAGAACUCAGUCAUCUUGAGAGCUUAAGGAUCCCUCUGAGGGACCCGACGCUCCAUGCCUUAGAAAGGGAGUAAUGAGUUCACCUCCUGACAGUCUGCAUGGCUUUAGAGGAAAAAAGCUUACCUUUCAGUUUAAGAAGAAGUCAGAGGAAUGUAAUGUACAUUUAGCUGUGCUGGAUUUGACAAACGCAUCCCACAAGAUGUGUCACGUCCCUGUGAUUGUCCCUCCUUGUACAUAUUGCUGUUAAUGAGCUCACUGUUUGUGCAUUUUUAUUAGUUAAUGUUGUUGAUUAUAAUUGUUGGUUCAGAACCUCAGUGUCGAAAUGUGUGAGAAAAUUCUGUUAUUAUUAGUUUAACUAUUGCCACGUCUUAGAAACUGGUUUUAUUGUUUGUGUUGCCCUUUGUUUUAUAUCAGUGUCAUAUAUUCUGGAGCAGAGCCAUAGCACAGAGCACCCGUACUUACGAUGACUUGACAUUCAUUGAUAUUCAAAUCAGCACUGUACCGGUCUUAUGAGACUAGUUAGUAUAAGUGGUCUCAUGUCUAGCAAGGAAAGCAAAGGAGUGAUAUUCUAGAGAAGGACUAUACAGGUAUAUACAGUAUGUGUAUCAUUGUUUACCUUUAUGGGGUAUCUUUACCCUUUUAUACAAGUUGGGGGAAUGGACAUUUCCCGUUUAGUCAGUCAGAGAAAGCCUGUCAUGUUUUUUUUUUAACUGUAUAACUCAUGAAACUCAUUGUGUUUUUUCUGCUUGUUUCUUCAAGUAGCUUGUGCACAUAAAAGCCAAAGGUGGGAAAAGUACAAAUGAUUUACCAAACAGAAUGUAGUUUGUCUUUGUCAGGUGAGAGAAGCCUCGACCUCCACCAGCAAGGACUGCAGCCACACUCAUGUAACACUCUGUAGUCAUCAACUCGUCAAGAUCACAGAUCUGACUGAGAUGUAACGUGUGGAUAAGUGUAGAAGUAGAUGAGUUUUGUGCCCUUUCAGGGACUGAAGGGACGGCAGGGAUGUGUGGUUGGUGCUGGGAAGGGGGGGAAAGAAUGUCCUGUUGGGACAACAUUACCCCUCCAUGUGUAGGGUGGCAAAGAGGACCAGACUUGGAGUGGAAAACUGGCCCUGAACUCAACCUAAUCCAAAAAAGCCCUGUAAUGCCCACCUCUGCCCGUGUCCCUCUGUAGAGGACUGGCAUUGAUGCGCCUGUUAAACUCAAUUAGCAAAUGACAGCUGAGAAAGCUGCUCCAAUUGUGCCAAAAAAGGACC